CCUUGACACUCGCCGCCAAUCAUUAUAACGAGUACCGCAACGUUUCCUGGCAUUCUUUAUAAUUUUCUUACAUGGUCUCCUCAGCAUUGUAUAUUCAAUAACCAAUAUUGUGUUCACGCAAGUGGAAUAGUUUGGUCUACACCUAUCAUCCUUCCUGUUCUUUUGCAUCGGCCUCAACCUUCAACUGGUCAUGAUACACGGGAUUGACGGAGCGAAAGCAGAAAAGUACUAUGUUUGGGGUAGCCUAUCGUUGGCGGUAGUAUUGGGCGUCCUGACAUACGUAUCGAAACAAUUAGUGUAUGAUUCCAAAGUAGGGUGUUACUACUACGACCCCAACCCUGUCAGAGGCUUUUGGUGGCGAAUGGGCAUGCAGAAUAUAUGGAGCUUCCUCACUAUGGCUGGAGAACUUUCCACGUUUUGUUCGGUAGUCAUUUAUAUGGUUCGUGUAAAGGUUUUCUCUUCCGGACCUAGUCCAGCAGCAACGGUACCGGGUUCCCAGAGACUCUCAGCAUCGCACCAGUACCGCAAACCUCUGGGACCUAGACAGUACCGGAACGUUGUACUGCGUAUCUCACUCUAUCCCCUCUCGUCGUUAGUCACAUCGGGACUCUCAGCUAUAGGGACCAUCUCUCGUCCCGUACAGGGAAUCAAGACUCGAUCGGAUUGGAUUGCCUUAAACACCUUUCACGCCGCUUUCUUAUUCCGUGGUACGCUCUACGCGUUGGUCGCCUGUGCAGACCCAGCUAUUACUCAAGGCCUGAAAGUGUUAUACAGACACUAUACACGACGACAGACAUCGAGCCUCCCACCGUCGACCCAGAUCGACAUUGCUCCUCCUUUGGCUAGUCAUAGCUGCUCAGGUGCAGCUGACCUCGAGCUCGAAGGAAUUCCUGACCCGAAGAACGAAAGUUUACGUCGGGCAUGCCUUCGAGAAUCUAGCAGCAACGUGGUGACUCUGCCAAAGACGGCUAUGACACUUCCAGGCAGGGAGGGUACUCAUUCUGACCCUAGGUCGAAUUGUACUUCGGGUGCAGGUGUGGGGAACGAACUCCAGGUCAUUGAUUCUGACGGUGCUCAGCAUCAUUAUUCGUACCCACAUUUGAGGCAAUUGUAAGGACAAUAGCUUUGUUUUACAACGGGAACGGGACUCCUGAAGAAUUUCUAACGUUGCACCUUGUCGUAUAUCACAUUCACUGUUCACUUAAUUAUAGUAAUAUGGUAUACUAAUAAUCCAACCAAAACCUCAACAGCUACUAGGUCUCUACCUGACUCGUCCAAACAAUUUGUAUUCGCGGACGCUGGUCGAC